UCCCUUGGAACUUCUUCACUCACGCAUAUGCAAGACCUCGAAAGUCUCAUUCUAGAUCCUCAAUAUAAUGAUACGUUGAAGGCCGACGGAGAAAUUCGACCUAUCUGGAUAUUAUUAGUGGAUGGGGGACCGGAUGAGAAUCCAAGACAUUUAAAGAAUAUUAAAAAAUACAUUCAGCUUUUUCGAAAAUUUGAUUUAGAUUACCUCACUGUGCGGACACACGCACUGGGACAAUCCAAGUAUAAUCCUGUUGAAAGGGGCAUGGCAAUACUAUCCGGAAAAUUGGCAGGUAUUACUCUACCAAUCGAUCACUUUGGGACGCAUCUAGAUACACAAGGUAAAGUGAUUAAUCCAGAAUUGGCUGUUCAAAACUUUCGAUAUGCCGGAGAGGUGCUUUGUGAUAUUUGGCUAUUUGCUGUUUCAGCUAUAUGUUCUAACUAUAUGUCUCAACUAUGUCCCAUAUAUGUCUCAAAUAUCCCAUCUGUCCUAUCAAUGUCUUAUCAGUGUCCUAUCA